UCUGGGUUUUCAAAUCCCACAACUACGGAAGGCGUGUUCGUGCCAACGGCCCUGGGAGCAUUUCAAUCGUCCAGUGGACCGGCUGUACUUGUGGACUUGCGGCAGCAGCAUUGAGUUGUGCCGCUGUGGUCAGGUGCUAUCCCCACCAUCUGUCCCCGCCACUGGCAGGGGGGUAGGCCGACAAGAUGCCACAUCGGGUGGUGGACUUCAUCCGGUCAUCAACGCACUCAAUUGAGAGCCAAGUUUCCAGCUUAACGAAGAAAACGAGUCCGGGCGCGCCACGGAGGCGGACCUCUCCAAAUCGAACUGGGAAAGUCUCGAGGAGCUCGGAGCGGGCAUCUUUCACCUUAAUCAGCGACAACGACCUAGACAACGCUGCUGUCUCGCCAUAUGCAACAAGCGUGAACAUGAGCGAUUCUCGAGCGAGCAGCCUUUCCUCAGACUCGCAUAAGGAAGCCGCGCAUCAUCACCAUCACAGGAUUUCCUUCCCUGGCCUGCACAUUGUCCGUUUGAGCAAAGAUGCUCACACUUCGUUGCCAGCCUCCCUGGACUGGCAGCUCGAGUCCCCGCCAAUCGUCAUGUAUGGCGAUCCCGAAAGGAGCAGCGGUGCACUGGUUUCCGGCCAGUUAUUCUUGAACAUCAGGGAAGAUGGGUUGGAAAUCGACUCGUUCCACGCCACACUCAGCAUCCAUGUGACGCAGAAGAAGCCUUUCGCAACACACUGCAACGAAUGUACGCACCAAUACACCGAGCUGAAGAGGUGGGAGUUCCUCCAAAAUCCGUUGCUCAUGAGUAAAGGUGAACACUCGUUCCCCUUUUCGGUGCUACUAGAAGGGCAUCUUCCAUCUACCAUGGACAGUCCGCUGGUCUCGAUCUCGUACGAGUUCAAGGCCGAAGCGCUCCCCAGAAGCAAUGGCUGUCCACUGGCACCCAUUAAACUGGAAAAGGUACUCGAUGUCAAGCGCAGCCUCCCGACUUCUGAGACGCCACAUCACUCUGUCCGUGUCUUCCCUCCCACCAACAUCAAAGCCAGCGCACACUACCCCCACGUGAUCCAUCCAAUUGGCAGCAAUACGCUGUCCCUGCGUCUCGAUGGCAUCGCCAAAUUCAACCCCAAGGUCAACACGGUCGAGUACUGGAAACUGAAGAAGCUCACGUGGAAGCUUGAAGAGACGACAAAGACGAUCGCGCCGGCGUGCGAACGGCACAGUCCCAAACUCGAUGAUGGCGCGGAGGAGCAGCAGAGCAAGAAGGGCGUCGUCCGCUCCGAGACCCGGGUGAUCGGCGAGAAGACACUCUUCUCCGGCUGGAAGAGCAACUAUACGAGCGCCACCGACAGCAUCGUCGAACUGGAGCUGGACUACAGUCUGGCGAAGAAUGCCAAGUACGCAUGCGACACUAAGAGCCGCGACGGAACCGAGGUGACUCAUCAGCUGAUGGUCGAGAUGGUAGUCUCGCAGGAAUGGGCCCCGGUCAACAAGCCGUCGCUUGUGACGCAUACGGGCAUCGGACGCAUCCUGCGGAUGCACUUCGGGUGUGUCCUCACCGAACGGGCAGGGAUUGGGAUCAGCUGGGACAAUGAGGCUCCUCCUAUUUACCAGGAUGUGCCCCCCAGCCCGCCGGCCUAUUGCGAGGAUAUGAUUUUCUCGACGGAGAACUCCAUUGCAGAGAUGUUAGAACCGCUGGACUGCGCGCAUGGGGGCGUGCAAUCCGAAGCCGCACGGACAUUGCCGUCCAACACGGCAGUCUGAGCGGGCUCGGCGCUGGUGGGAGGUGAAGAGCACUUGCCGGUUGGUCUCGGUGUUGUGUUGUUUGAAGCGUUUGUUUUGUAUGAUACCCUAAAUGGCGACUUCUAGGUUAUCGAUGGUUACUCGGGGCGACGGGAAAACGGCGGGGCCGGAGGGA